AAAAAACCAAGUUUUGCUGAACCAGUGGCGUAUUUUAGCAGGAGACUUGUAAAUUGUACUGGUCACGUUAACCGCAAAGUUCACGCCAUCACAAAGAAUUUCCAACUACCAAAAUUACCUAAUUUAAUUUUCCUGCAAACUAAUUUUUUCUAUUAAAUUCCAUUCCUCUUCAGUAGUUCAUCCUAAAGCUUCAAUUUUUGAAGAAAAAGUUUCGAUUUUUCAUCCAAAGCUUCGAUUUUUGAAGUGAAAGUUUCCAUUUUUGAAGAAAAUUGUUCCAUAGAAAAUGGACUUAUUUGAUCUAGAAAAGAACUUUGCAUUUUAUGCUGCAUAUCAUAGCAACCCAGUUAAUAUUUUUAUUCAUAUGCUGUUUGUUUGGCCAAUUUUUUAUACUGGGCUUAUGCUACUAUACUUUGUACCCACGUUAUUUUUCCCUAAUUUUGCACUAUUUUUCACUAUAAUAUAUGCUGUAUUUUAUGUGGGUAUGGAAAAAAAAGCAGGGUUUUUGGCUGCUAUUCUCUGUUUCCUCUGUUGGGUUGGAGCUUCUGCUUGUUCUACUCAGCUAGGGUUUUCUUUGACUUGGAAGGUUGUUUUGGUAGCUCAAUUGGUUUGUUGGACUGCACAGUUCCUUGGUCAUGGAGUCUUUGAGAAACGAGCACCUGCUCUUCUGGAUAAUCUCAUACAAGCCUUCUUGAUGGCUCCUUUCUUUGUGCUACUUGAGGCCCUUCAUCAUUUCUUCGGGUACGAACCAUAUCCAGGAUUUUUUGACAAGGUGAAAGUUAUGGUCGAUGCUGAAAUUAAAGAAUGGCAAGAGAAGAAACAUAAGAAAUCAUCUUAAGGGUCAUGAGUAUUCACAAUUAUCUGAGUGCAAUAAAUCUAAGUGAUCGUCUUUUAUACACGAAUGUAUAUUCUAAUUGUUCUGAGAACAAAAAAUAAAUGGCUAGAAAAUGUAAAGUAUUGAAAUCUAAGAGUUUUGAAACACUAAUUUUAUUUGCUGCAAUCAAGACACUGUUAACCUGAUUAAGUAAAUCUGACUAUAUGAGUACCAUGUACUACUUUUACUUAAUUAAUUUGUUUCCUAA